AUGGCUUCCAAAAGAACCCGGCUCUCAGCCGACGCCUUUACAGUAGGACUCAUCUACGUGAAGCCACUCGAGAUGCAGGCGAUAUCCGUGAUGCUCGACGAAUGCUACGAGCCGGUGCCACUGCACAUCCAGGACGACAACGAGUACACGCUUGGCAAAAUUGGUAGCCACAAUGUUGUCGUCGUCGGGUCCCCGAGAGGUGCACAGGGCAAAGUGGCAAUUGCGGACGCCGUGAGUCGGAUACGCCUGACAUUCGUCAACAUACGAGUAGGUCUGCUAGUUGGUAUUGGAGGUGGCGUACCGCAUCUUCCGAAACAUGAUGUGCGGCUUGGUGAUGUCGUCGUUGGUGCGCCAGAGGUCGGGCCUGUGGUCGUGCAGUAUGAUCGUGGUAAACAGCUUUCUGAUGGCAUUGUCGAGAUCACCGGGACGCUUCGUAAGCCUCCGGCGGUACUUCUAAGGGUGGUUGAUAAGGUAGACGACAAAUACUCGCGAAUAGGAGAAGGAGAGGAGGACUUUUUCACCACCCAUCUGCAACGCUUCGCGAAUUUCCGGCGCUUGAAAGAUCGGUAUAAAUGUCCCUCCGUUCCAGACAGACUAUUCCGGGCGGACUACAAUCAUGAACUUGGCACGCAAUGCAGCUCGCACGAUCAGUGCUACGUGGUAAAACGACCAGAUCGCCACCCACCGGGCGAGAUUCGAAUCCAUUACAGCACGAUCCUCUCUGGCGAUCUCGUCAUGAAGUCUGCAGAAAAGCGCGACGAGAUUAGCGCGAAGCAUGGCAAUGCACUUUGCUUUGAAAUGGAAGCAGCCGGCUUGAUGGAUGCCUUUCCUUGCCUUGUUAUUCGGGGAAUAUGUGAUUACGCGGACUCGCAUAAGAGCAAGGAGUGGCAAAAAUAUGCAGCGGCGACGGCAGCUGCUUAUGCUCGAGAGAUUCUUCUUUCCAUGGCUGAAAGAUUAGCACCAGGGAUAGGGGAUUCACAGAAAGAUUGUCUGAAUCGAGCAGAGGGAUCGAAACUGGAAAACAGUGUGAGACGGCAUGAGGGGCUGGUUGGCGUGGAUUCUAGACUCUCUCAAUCGCAGACAUCUCUCUUCAUUGCAAAGCAUGGCCAACAGACGAAUAUGAAGAUCGUACUCAAUGCUGGGCAAGACGAUGAAAGGAUUGAAGAUUUGAGCCCAGAGUUGCUUAUGCUCUUGCAUGUUCUUCAGUUUCUCAAAACGUCUUGCCCUGAUCCAGAUAACGACUUCAAACCAGGCUCCAUUCCAAGAACCGUGACGAUGCUUCUCAGCAAACAAUAUGCGCGAUUUUCCUAUAUAUCCUCAGUGUGUCUCGCAAAGUUCUUCAACGAGCUUGUGUAA